UACCAUGGUAACCAGGUGACAGCGUCCCCCACUGCUACAGCAAACAGGGGAGAGAAGUGGUAGGCGCUGAGUCGGGCAGUCGGGAGCAUGGCGCUGUCAGAUCAAAACACUAUUCUGAAGCCUGAUCCCCCAGUUAUUGGGAAAGUCAGUCAUCACAGUAUUGAGUUGUACUGGGAUAUCAACAACAACCUCAAACAAAAAAGCUCCUCCAACAAGUGGAUCAAGUUCACAAUAGAAGAAGAGGACAUAAAAACUCAUGUAUUUGGCACUAUAUACUCGGGAUAUUCUAGAAGGCACACUGUGGAAGGCUUGGAGCCCUCUUCACCUUACAGGUUUAGGCUCAAGGUUACAGGAUAUAAUGGGGACUAUGCCUACAGUCCGGUUGUCUCUGUAUCAACAACAAGAGAGCCAUUGAGUGGUCAACAUCUUCACCGAGCAGUGAACAUGAAUGAUGAACAUGAAGUCAAAAACAUCCUUGAAACAGGGCAUGUAAAAGUAGAUAUUCCCGAUAAAUUAGGUUUUACACCUCUGAUGGUAGCGGCACAGAAAGGAUUCCUCAGGCUGGUGGAACUUCUAACUGAACAUGGAGCAGAUAUAAACCAAAUGAAUGGUAGUGGUAAGAACAGCCUUAUGCUGGCCUGUUUUGCUGGCCACCUUAAUAUUGUGCAGUAUUUAAGAGGACAAGGAGCCUCGUGGGAAAGCAGAGAUAAAGCAGGAUGUACAGCGAUGCACUGGGCAGCAGACGGAGGCCAUUUGAAAGUUGUUCAGUGGAUGAUUGAUGACGGCUGUAAGAUUGACAGCAGAGAUUCCCAUUUAGAAUGGACUCCUCUCAUGAGAAUUGCGGCAGUCUCAGGAAAUGUAGACAUUGCCCGGUGUUUAAUUGCGGCCGGAGCUGGAGUAAACGCUAAGGAUACCAAUGGAAAGACACCUUUGAUGGUGGCUGUUUUGAAUAACCAUGAAUCUUUAGUUCACCUGCUCCUAGAAAAUGGAGCUGACCGUAGCAUCAAAAAUGAGUUUGGCAUUGGAAUGACCGAAAUGGCUAAAGCUUUCAACAGAGAGAGUGUGGUGGCCAUUUUGGAAGGAGCAAAACAUCUGUAAGACUGGAAAACACUCUAAGCCUAGCAGCCCUGACCUGGAACCUUCUGUGAAUCCUGUCCUAGUUAUUUGUUUUCCACUUUUCAUUUUGUAUGUUAAUAUAUUGUAAUAUACUGUAAUUAAACUAACCUCAUAUUCACUAUACUAAAGCCUAUAUAUAUAUAAAUAUGGCUAAAAAUGCUGGGUUUUAUAAGCUGAACUUCCUAUACCAGCAGAGAGGUACAGCAGCCCUAUAACUUGUUGUUGUCCACAGAAUCUUGGAUCUUGUUGGGUCAUGUUUUAGGUGUCACUGCACAUACUCAGUGCAUGCUGGGAAACCGUUGAGAAGCUAAGCUUAGGGGUCAUGGUGUAAUAGUAAGAGAAGCUGAUAAUACAGGGCUGACUAGCCUUGUAUUGUGAAUUUUAUUUUAUAUAUAUAUAUAUAUACUGGGGUGCAUCUCCUCAGAGGCCUGGAUCUUUUCACUGCUAAAGGCCUGUAGCCGCCUUGGUCUUGUAAAGACAAUAGGGGUAAUUUUCAACCCCGGCAUGCAAGAGCGUGCCCCUUAGUGUUCAUUUAAUAGCACUUGCUCCCCCCGGGGUUGGAUGGACCCUACCCCCUCUAUUCCAGGUACAGUCCGCAGGUCUCUGUGCUCCGCAAUGAAGUGCCAAAGCCUGAGGCUAUUCGCCGAGUGCCCCAUACAGUGGGCAAAGUGCAAAAAAUGGCGCGGGGCAUUGUGAUUGCUCCCUAAUGUGCAGCAUUUUUAGCCAACUUCUUUGUUUCGCUUUAGUUCUAGAGAAGGCAAUCUGUAUUGUCAGAUGUAAAUUUAAAUUAUCAGUAGCCUCUGUGCAAUUAUUACAGCUGUUAUUUAUUAGCCUCUCGUGUACUUGAGAUGCUCGCAGUGCUCUGAAACAAUUACAUUUGGGGUCCAGUAAUUAAUUACUCAAAUUAAUCUUGAACUUUUACUUUAAUGGAAAACAGAGGCUUAAAAUAACUUUCAUUUGCAAGCGGCGGCUGCAGCGGAAGCGCCGGGGAGCUGGCUCAGUACAACUUACCUGGAUACACAAUUCAUUAUAUUCCUUUAUAGUAAGUGGGUUUGUUUUGUCAAUAUUCCUUUGGCAGAAUAAAAUACUUUCCAAAGUGA